AUGGGGUCUCCCAAACCCACACUAGAGGCAUUGACAAAGUCUCAACCCACCCCAGAGCUCUUCUACGAAUCGCUUAACCCAAACGGCUCAGAAACCAUUUUACUAAUUCACGGCGCCUGCGGCAACCAUAAAGAAUGGAACAACGUCGCACCAGACCUAGUCCAAAAAGGCUACCACGUCCUCCUCCCGGACCUUCCAGCGCACGGCAACUCAAAAAUCCAACCCUUUAACAUAAAGUAUGCCACAGACCUGAUUAUCAACUUGAUAGCCACCCAAGCCAGACAAAGCCGCGCUCAUGUAGUAGGCCUAAGCCUGGGCGCGCACGUUGCAGCCUGUAUAGCCGAGCACGCAAAACCAGGCACAAUACUAUCCGUCAUCGCAUCGGGGUACAACACCAUCCCACAACCGCGCUUCGUUACGCCCUUGAUAAUACCACCUAUAUACGUGUUACAUCAUCUGCUUAAUUUCGUGGCUUGUCCGCGAGGAGAGCUGGCGCAGUUGAAGAAUGGGGAUGCGGGGUAUGGGCUGAUGGCGGCGGUUGUGAGGGCUAUUUUUGAGCCAAGGGUUAUUGGGGAGAUUCGGGUUAGACUUUUGGCUGUUUGUGCUGCUUCUCCCGGGUCAUACUUGGCUAGGGAUAAGAUUGACUGUUCGAAGAUGCUUCUUGGGUGUGUUGUUGGUGUGGAUGGGAGUCGGGCUGUUUUACAUCGCGGUGUUAGACAUGCGUGGCAUAUAGAGGAGCCGGUGUUGUUCGCGGAGAUGAUUCUGGCUUGGGUUAGAGAGGAGAAGCUGGAUGAUGCAUUUGAGGAUAUCAAGUAA